AUGUCUUUGAGGGAAUUGAGUAUUAAACACGAAAAGGUCGACAUAGAAAUCGGUACUUUAUUUAAAUUUAUAAAAUCAUUUGAUGGUACACGUGAAAAAUUAAACUCAUUUUUGUCAAAUUGCGAUAACGCAAUCAGUUUAGCAUCGGAAACACAAAAACCUAUUUUGUUUAAAUAUAUAUUGUCACAAUUGAAUGGUAAAGCUGAAACGGCCUGUUCAAUUAAAGAAUUCGAUUCGUGGGACCAAUUAAACCAUUUCCUUAAAACACAAUUCGGGGAAACCAAACAUUAUACUCACUUAUUAGCUGAUUUGCAAGAGUGUCGUCAACUUAAUAUAGAACCUGUAAACCAAUUCGCCCUACGAGUUGAGACUUGCCUGUCGAAACUAUUAACCGAAGUAACUUUGUCCAACAAGAAAAAAACUGAGCUUCUCGGUCGCACAGCGGCAAUGGAAGACUUAGCACUCCACACUUUCCUACUUGGUCUUAAACCUGACAUUUCAAAUUUAGUCCGUGGCAAAAACCCAUCUACUCUUAAUGAAGCUAUUAAUUUAGCUACAUCCGAAGAAAAAAUUCUCAAUCUUUUCGCCAAACGCAAUUCUCACACAUCGGUUCCUCAGCGCCAAGGUUCAAAACCUAACUACUCUUUCAAGCCUUUUCCUAACACAAAUGCCAGGCCCCAUAUGCCAAAACAACCUGAUCGACAUGACCCAAUUCCAUUUUGUCGGUAUUGCAAAAAUCAAGGUCAUACAAUCGAAGUUUGCAGGAAAAGAGAGUAUAAUAACAAUAAAUUCAAAGUUUCCCAAAUCCCUCAAUUCCAACAGCGCCAUAAUCAAGAUUAUAAACCUGCUCGUGUCAACUGUGUCGUUGACGAGAACGAAUAUUGUGACUCCAAACCACAACCAUCUACCACUAUAACCUUAAACCAUAACGACACCGUUUCUAUAUCCAAGGACCACACGGGUAACCAGCCCCAAGCAAGUGUCCACAUUUCCAAAAUCAGGGACCACACGGGUAACCAGCCCCAAACAAGUGCCCAGACUUCUAUAUCCAAGGACCACACGGGUAACCAGCCCCAAGCAAGUGUCCACAUUUCCAAAAUCAGGGACCACACGGGUAACCAGCCCCAAACAAGUGCCCAGACUUCUAUAUCCAAGGACCACACGGGUAACCAGCCCCAAGCAAGUGUCCACACUUCCAAAAUCAGGGACCACACGGGUAACCAGCCCCAAACAAGUGCCCAGACUUCCAAAACCAGGGACCACACGGGUAAACAGCCCCAAGCAAGAGUCCAAUAUCAUUCAAAACCCACUAAACCUGUUCAUAAAAUUCUUGAAAAUGAGGAAAUAUAUGAAAUUUCAUCCAUUCCUAAUAAAAUGUAUUUGCCAUAUGUUGUUGUGCAAACAUCAGUAGCCAAUAAACCCCUUCGGUUUCUUGUCGAUACUGGAUCUUCUAUAUGCCUCAUCCAGAAUUCCUCCAUCGAAUCCUUUUCUCACCUGCUACUUAAAGGUAACAUAAUUAAAAUUAAAGGUAUAAACAGUCGUGACGAUACCAUGGCCACUCUCGGUGAUUUUGAUAUGAAUCUCAUAUUUGGUAAAGAAUCUAUUCCCUUUACUUUCCAUAUAAUAGAACAAGUACACUUACCUUAUGAUGGUAUUAUAGGAAAUGACCUACUUACCCGUUUCCAAUGUUCCGUAGAUUACAACCGUCAAAUCCUCAACUUAGAAAAAAAUAAAAUCAAACUUAAUUUUACUGAUCCAACUUACCAAAUACCUCCUCGUUCUGAAAUCACCGUCGAGUGCUCUGUCGUUAACCCUGAAUUAAAAGAAGGUCUAAUUUUAGAUCAGCAUAUUAGUGAAACCCUUUUUAUUGCUAACUGUUUAGUUAGAGUAAAAAGUAAUAACCGAAUUAACUUAACCGUCCUUAAUACCUCUGAAACUCCUGUUAAAUUAAAUUCUAAUCUCCUACUUACCUUACAUCCAGUAGAUUUUGAACCUUGUCUAUCGAAUUAUAUUUCCAAUAAGUCUUGUUUAGAUAGGACCAAUGAGGUCCUUAAUCUCCUUCGGGUAUCACACUUAAAUACCGAAGAACGCGAAGCCCUUUACGAUCUUUGCUCUAAUUAUUCUGAUAUUUUCCACUUACCCAACGAUAUACUUACCUCAACGGAUGCCAUUCAACAUGAAAUAAGAACAUCCUCAGACCAACCCAUUAACGUCAAGUCGUAUAGAUUUCCCGAAGUACACAAAGAAGAAGAAUUCGAAUAUGAAAUAGUAUACCGCAAGGGUAGAUUAAAUUCAGCAGCCGAUGCCCUUUCUCGCUACCCUGUUAACCCUAUAUAUCCUGAAAAUUCUCCAAAUUCCCCUAAUAAUGACUUAAUUGAUCCUAGGCUCUUAGACAUUAGCCCUUUUAACGCUGAACCUUACGAUUUUAGUCCUUUAAAUAUCCCAAGUCCAGAAUACUUACCCGAACCUCUUCCCGCAAUACUUCCGUCAUCCGAAAAUGCGACGUUAGACAUUGUUCCAAACUCUAUUCCUGAAAAUAUUGAAAUCGAAAAUCAACCUCAACCUUCUACUAGUACCGAAAUACCAAAUAUAUUAUACCCGCAUCCUAUAAUAAGAGAACCUACAAUUGAACCUGCCGAUACUUACACAAGAUUUUUGAAAUUACCAUUAUCUGUAAAUCACGAUACAAUAAUUACUGAACAUAAUGACAGCAUACUAAAAACCCAAAAUAAAAUUCUAAUAAUACCUACAUCCCUUGACCUCGAUGAGUCUAUUCCAUAUGUUCAAGAAAUUCUUUCAAACUCAUCAGAUUCCGAAUCAUUUAUUGCUUCAGAAAAAACUUUACAUUCUUAUAAACUAUUUUCAUACAACAAUAAAGCCUACUAUUUUUUAUUCACCAAGGUGCAUCACUUUGAUACCUGCUCGUAUAGUGAUAUCUUUGAGUCUAUUAAAAACCUUCGGAAUUACUUAAUUUCUAAUAAAGAACCUAUCAAUAAAGUGAGCAUUACUGAUUUCAAGAACCCGUUUGACAAACAUGUUUAUAUUAAAAUCUACAAUAUAUUAUCUUACCUGUUUCACAAUACCAAUAUUCAAAUUGACAUGUACCAUAAUAAGACAUACUAUCCCAGCCCGUCUGAAGUACCAAAAAUCCUACGAGAAAAUCAUGACAUUCCUAUCGCUGGACACUUAGGGUCCAAUAGAAUGUUUAACAGAAUCCGUGAACAGUAUUAUUGGAAAAAUAUGCGGAGUGAAAUAGAAACCUAUGUAAAAAAUUGUAUUCCAUGUCAAACAAACAAAGCUCUCAGAAAAAUCAAUCGUGCACCAAUGCAAAUCACAACCACUUCCACAACUGCCUUUGAAAGAUUAUCCCUUGACAUAGUUGGUCCUCUGCCCGAAUCCGGUACAGCCAAAAUAAAAUAUAUCCUAACUCUUCAAGACGAUCUGACAAAAUACUCUGUAGCAUAUCCGAUCCGCAGCACUACCGCUGAAGAAACCAGCGAAUGUUUAAUUCAUUUCAUUUCCUUAUUUGGCAUACCAAAAACUAUCCUUACCGAUCAAGGCACGAACUUCACUGCAGAAAUGUUUAAAGAAACCUGUAAAUUUCUGAAAAUUAAACAACUUUGGUCCUCGCCUUAUCAUCCACAAACACAGGGAGCAUUAGAAAGAAGCCACUCCACCUUAAAAGAAUAUCUAAAAUCAUACAUAUGCGAAAACCAAAACAAUUGGCCGCAAUAUGUAUACACGGCCAUGUUAGCCUAUAAUACUGCAGUGCACUCGACGACCAACUACACUCCUUACGAUUCCAUGUCCUCCGCACAGGAAAUCUUCAUCGAAACAUCAAAAAAUACAUCCGGCAUUUACUUCGAUCCUAUCGGGUUACUUAAAAUAGUAGACGGUCACCUUAGUGUUGUAAUUCCCAUAGACAUUUCUUACAUAGAAUCACACAUUAAAAAUCUGAACGGUGUGAUAGGCAGCUCUAAGUUCCUGUGUAAGCAAAAUGAAUUGUACACCGAUAUCGAAUGUCUCAACCUACUACAGCCUUUAUCUAUUAGGUACCAUGAUAUUAUUCAGGACUUUGAAUCCAUAUCACAUUUAAUCGAGUCCAGACCCAAAAGGUCGGCUUGGAUCAGCGGAGUUGGUACCGUUUUCAAACAUGUAUUUGGAACUAUGGAUGAGAAUGAUGCCAUACAGUACAGUAACGCUAUUCAACUCAUUGAGAAAGAUCAAACCGAAAUAUCUAAAUUAGUUAAACAAAAUAUACUCGUUACAACUACCACACUUUCAAGCUUUAAAGACGCUCUAAACAAAAUCAAUAUCAACGAACAACAAUUAAAUAGCGCCAUUGAUACCCUAGCUAAUUCUCAACAAAAUCUCACAAUACUUUCCAAUAGUUUACUAUUAAAAUCAAAGUUUAACGAAAUUAUCACUAUACUAGAAAGCAGUUUAUUGACACUGUCAUUUAAAUUAGAAGACAUAAUUAAUGCACCAACCUAUACCGACAAUAUAGCUAUAGCUAUUUACGAUGGGAUUGAAGACAACGAGAGCCUGAGUUCAGCAUCUCGUGGGGUUUUACUGGCUGAUGAUUUGGGAGGAGUUUGGGUAGGACACACUGUGCCGAACCUUAUUAACUUGAAACGUGGUCAACCGAUAGUUCCCGAGGCAGAAAUACCAAACGGUCACUCGUUUGUAUGUCUCUCAGUAGAUCUGUCGACGGUUAAUCAAAUCGUUAAAUACUUAAGAUCUACGUCCGCUCAAUUUACCCACGUCCAUAUACCUAGGAGUUUGCAUCACCGUUUGCCUGAGUGGGACUUCUCUGUGGUGCCAAUGACAACAUUACGACCCUUGGCAUUCAACACUGCAGCUAAAACCCUAUCUGCCGAGCUUCACGUUAAACCGCCAGGCGAUAAACAGUGCUUAUACAAAUCAUUUGCAAGGGCGAAACGUAUAGUUCUGGAUGUUUAUGGUCAAUCUGACCAUGAAUACUUAAGUACUGUUUGUGGGAAUCAUUACGGCAUUCGGAACAUAGAGAAUAUUUCACUGAAAAUACCAGACCGCGUAUUUUACUUCAACAAUAUGACGGAUAAAAUGCGAUUCGCUGUCAGCACAGCGGCUCAUUGGCAGAGACGUGGUUCUGGGUAA